CUCUCUCUCUCUCUCUUCAUUCUCUUUCAUCUUCUCUAUUCUCUCUCUACCUCAUCUCUUAUUUUGUUUUUAUUAAAUCUUGAUAAUUGCCAGAUUCCGGCCACAAGUUUCUCUCGUCCCUGUCUCUCUCUCCCAUCACAUCGUCUUCACCAUAGCGUGCCCCAUCCGUUUUGUAUCAAUUUACCCUUUUACCCCUGUUUUCUAAAUUUACCUUUUUACCCCUCAUUUUUCACCCCGAACAUAGAUAAAUAAUUACCGUUGUUUUUUUAUUGUUUGAAAACAAAAUUAUUUGUGUCAGUUUUGUUUAGAGGGUGGUUUAGUAGUGACGUGGCAUGCGGAUAGAGAGCCAUGAAUACCAAAACGAUGCGUCUUCCCCCUCGUCGUGUAUUGACACCUACCAAUAAGCGCAAAGAGAGAGAUGACCCGUUUGACAGGCCCAAGCCCAUACCCGCACCACCCACCACCAAAAUACUCAAGCCCGAUAAGCCCGUCGACCCGAUCAGCGCCACCAACAAAGCCGUCUUGUCUGGGCCCAAGCCCUCCAACCAACUCUUAGCGGGCUACCUGGCCCACGAAUUCCUCACCAAGGGCACCCUACUGGGCCAGCCUUGGGUCCCACAAAAAGGAAAGUCGACGGAGGACGGCGGCGACGAAGCAGAACCCACGGCGGCGCCGCCGCCGUGCCAGCGGACGGAGGAGGAGCGGGAAAGGUACGCCGAGGUGGCGAGUUUAUUGAAGGGUGGUGGGACCCAGCUCCCCGGCGUGGUGAACCCCACCCAACUCGCCCGUUUCUUGCACUUGUGAUCUAACGCUAGAAAACCACUGGGAGAGUCCUAUCGGACACGUGGAACGAUCGCAUUUGCUCCUCCCGAGACAAAACGAAACCGGGUAGAGAAAUUUCUCCUCCUUAGCUUUUUUUUUUUUUUUUUUAAUCUGAGACAGAUGGAAAAGAAAAAUUUUCUGAUGCAUGCAAGUUGUAUGUAUGUCAUCCUCUUGAUGUAUGCAUUCUCAUGCAAAGUACAUGCUUUUAGUUUCAACCAUUUCAUUUGUUUCCCUCUCUGGUGAACAAAUCUUCACGGUUUAUCUAAUUAUCUUACUUUGGUUAA